CGCCCCCUCUUUCAGCAAAGAAUCUCGUUGUCGUAAACAGCUUGAUUUAGUGUCAUUUGCAUGCAGCUUUUAACCUUUGAAACAUAAUUAACCCGGAAAUUAUUUGGGCGAAAAUGGACUUGGAGAAGAUGAACGUGCCCAACAUGCUCGAGUUCCUGCGUUUCAUGAACGAGCUGAAGCACCUGAAGCGGCAGGGCUGGGUGCUGAAGGAGGUGCAGGAGCCGGAGACGGUGGCCGGACACAUGUACCGGAUGGCCGUGAUGAGCCUUUUGUUCCCGCUCAAGGCGGGGCUGGACCGAGUGCGGUGCAUGGAGCUGUCCCUGGUGCACGACAUGGGCGAGAGCAUCAUCGGCGACAUCACGCCCUACUGCGGGGUGCCCCGCGACGAGAAACUGCGCCGCGAGAGGGAGGCCAUCGACAAGCUGGCCGCCCUGGCCGGCGAGGGGGGCGCGGGCGGCCGCAUCAAGGCCCUGUUCGCCGAGUACGAGGCCCAAGAGACUGCCGAGGCCAAGUUCGUCAAGGAACUCGACCACCUGGACCUGCUGCUGCAGGCCAGGGAGUACGAGCAGAAGGGCUACACGGACCUGGAGGAGUUCUUCCGCUUGCACUUUGAAAGUCCUGUGACCAGCGACCUUGCCCUUCAAAUCAUGGCCGACCACAAGGCUCAGUCGGUCGAGAACAAUUUGGCCAAGGAAAAUGGUGCUAAUUAAAAACAGUGAGAUCGUUUCAUACAGUAUUACUCUGGUCCUUGUUUCCUAGCAAAUUGUCAGACAAAUUUUGCUAAUGGACGAGUCACAAAUGAAGCACAAUAUCUGUAUUAAUUGUUUAUGUUGCAAUAAAAAAGAAUUAAGCUUGUAAAGCUUACAUUGAAAUCUCAAAUUAUGUUUGAUCGGUUUGAAAAAUUGAUUUUUUUCUUUAAUAGUUUAUUUAUAAACUAUUUAUGGCAAGCUUGGAAGCAUUUUUAAAA